CAGAUUUAAUCGAGUUGAUGAUGAUUCAAAAUUCCCAAAUGCACCAGGUGGUGAUGAACAGCCUGGCUGUAUCGGCGCUGAUGUCCUUUGGGUUCGGGCCGUCCCCAGCCACUGCCCAGGUGACGGCAAUGUCUUCGCAGACUGGAGAGGAAGAGGAGGCUGUGGUUUUCCACCAUCACUACAUCCCCUACCCCGGUCCUGCUCCCAUCCUGGCGUGGCCAGUCCUGGGGGGACCGGCAGCCGUGCGGUACCUGGGCACAGGCUUGUUAGCUGAGGAUGAGGAGGUCAGCACAGUACCCCCCCCUCCACCCCCCAGCGCCACGGGGACCGUGGGACCCAACGUCCUGCCGGCAUCAGAGUACUAUGACAUGAUGGAGGGAAGGCUGUGA